GGGGGUUGGGUGAGACGGCCAGCAGGUUGAAUAGAAACUCUUCCUUUUAGCUCAGGUGGCAAGCGCCGGAUGACACAGCACUUUCUCCCAGAGGAGAGGAGGAACACCAGUGAGUCAUGUUCUCCACGGUGGCCGUGUACAGGAACCAGCACUACGACGUCCUGAAGAGGGAGUGUCAGGAGAGCAGGAUGCUGUUUGAGGACCCCGAGUUCCCCUGCAUCAACUCCUCGCUCUUUUACCGCAACCCCCUGCCCGGACGGGUGGAGUGGAAGAGGCCGGGGGAGAUCAGUGAAAACCCCCAUCUGUUCGUGGAGGGCAUCAGCUCUCAUGACCUAAACCAGGGUGAAGUGGGCAACUGCUGGUUUGUGGCUGCAUGCUCCUGUCUGGCCCUCAAACCGUACCUCUGGCAGAAGGUGAUUCCUAACUGGAAGGAGCAGGAAUGGGAUCCCAAAUAUCCAGAAAAAUAUGCAGGAAUCUUUCACUUCCAAUUCUGGAUAUUCGGGGAAUGGACCGAUGUGGUUGUGGAUGACCGUCUGCCCACCAUCAGUGGGAAUCUUAUAUACUGCCAUUCUAAAUCCCAUAAUGAAUUCUGGAGUGCUCUUCUCGAGAAAGCUUAUGCUAAACUAUCGGGAUGCUACGAAUCUCUAAGUGGUGGCAACACAGGGGAUGCAGUGGUGGAUUUCAGUGGGGCAGUAAAUGAGCCCAUAAAUUUGGAGUCAGGAAAUUAUCGCACUAAUCCCAAAGCCAGAGACAAACUGUUUUCAGAUCUGCUCACUGUGUUCGACCAGGGAGGUAUCAUCAGUUGUGCCAUAACAGCGUCUCCACACGAGCGGGAGCUGCGCUUGCCCAACGGUUUGGUGAAGGGCCAUGCCUACUCAGUGACGGCAGUGAAGCGGGUACGGCUCGGCCAUGGCCUCCUCGCCUUCUUCAAGAACGACACCAUCCCCCUGAUCCGCAUGAGGAACCCCUGGGGUAAACACGAGUGGGAUGGACCGUGGAGUGACAGCUCACAGGAAUGGGAGAAAGUUGGGAUCAGAGAGAGGGCUAAUAUGGGUAUUACAGUAGAAGAUGAUGGCGAGUUCUGGAUGUCCUUUGAUGACUGGUGUCAGAACUUUACUGAUGCAGAUGUUUGCCGGCUAAUGAACACGUCUUUGCUGAGUAUUCAGAAGGUGUGGCAUGAGGUGGUGCUUUUUGGCAGCUGGGCCAAGCACACUGAACCCCUGAGGAACAGGUGCGGAGGCUGCAUGAACCACAGGUCGACCUUCCUGCAGAACCCACAGUAUAUGUUGGAUAUCUCUAAAGAUGAAGAGCAGGUGCUGGUGUCUCUGCAGCAGAGAGAUAUGAAGAUUCAUAGAGCCCACGGUGCGGGUCAAAGCCUUACUGUGGGAUUUGCCAUUUUUAAGGUGGAGCUGAACAGGAAGUAUCGCAUACAUGAUAUCAUCACCCAGCAAAACGUCGCCACGUCGACGUACAUAAACGCGCGCUCCGUGUUCAUGAGAAAGACUCUGCCGGAAGGCCGUUACGUCAUCAUCCCCUCCACCUUUAAACCGGACAUUCCAGGAGACUUCAUGCUUCGAGUCUUCACUAAGCAGGACACUGGCUGCAGGGAACUACACUUAGAUAAGCCUCGAGUGAAAUGCUGGAGUUCGUUCAUGGGUUAUCCCCAGAUGGUCACGCACAUUUACGUUCACGGAGCGGAAGGGCUUGAAAACCAAGACAGAACUGGAGGUGCUGAUCCCUAUGUGGUAAUCUCCUGUGAGAACAGUUCAGUCCAGUCCCGUGUUCAGAGAGACACACGGGACCCAGUGUUUGAUGCUAGGGCCAUCUUCUACAGGAAAAAUCCCCACAAACCAAUCACCAUUCAGGUGUGGAACAGCAACACCGUGAAGGACCAGUUCAUGGGCCAGGUGGUUGUGCAAGCGUCUCUGAAGGAUUCCCAAGACCCUCAGACUCUACAGCUGAAGCGGGGCAGGGAGAUGACGAGUGCGAGCAUGCCGGGACUGAUCAGCCUCAGGGUGGUCAGCUCCACGGAGCUCACUGCCAUGUAAAGCAGCAAAGGCUAGCUGAUAUAUAGCCAGAAAGGAGACCAUUGUGCAUAUAACCAACCCCAAACCCAUGCCUACAAAUUAUAAUGCUACUCCUAACCAAAGCCCUACACCUAGCCACACUAAAAGCAUUCUAAUAGCAUUCUAAUCUCUUUAAAUUAAAAAAAAUCAUUAAAAAAUUAUUUCAAGUUAAAUGACUUCAAAUAAAAGUCUUCAUGACUGUUCUGGGUUCUGUAAUCAGCAACUGAGAACUUCAGCAGCAUAGGUAUUAACCAGUCAGGAAACUUGCCCGACAACGAGGCAGUGUUCUCAGAUCACAGGAAGUCAGGCUGAGCACCACGGCUUCAGGGCUUUGGAGAUGGAGGUGGUGAGAUUAACAGGAGGGGUACGCACUUAUGGUGGCUAAGACUGUCAAGAUCAUUGCAUACAGCAGCUUUAUCUAACCGCACCCUUCCUACACCAUACACCUACUCCUACACCUACACGCUACACUAACACCCUACUCCAACACCCUAUUCCUACACCUACACCCUACCCUUACAACCUACUCCUGUACCCUACACCUAUACCCUACUCCAACACCAUACACCAUACUCCUACUCCUACACCCUAAUCCUACACCUACAGCCUACACCUAUCCUUACUUUUACCAGUCAUUUCCUACAUGACACGCCAUACAUCACCGAGGCCAUCCUUUGUGGCUAUAUAUACACUCUGCCAACAAACUCAAUUUUGUUUUGUUUUUGUACUGACAAAGUAAAAGUGAGCAGAAGAUUAUUUUUUUGCAUUGUUUUCAAAUGGUUAAAAUGUAUGGUAGCCACUCCUCUUAUAUUCCAUACCACACAUUUACCAAAAAAAGAACAACCAACAAAAACAAACAAUCUUUUUGAGCAGACAUAAAACCGAUGCCUUUGUCCUUUCCUACAUUUUCUUUGUACUUCUAUGAAACUGCAGCUUAUGAGAUUAUAGUAUAAAUAGUACAAAAACAUUCAAAUGCUGUGUUACAUUAUAUAAAGGGUUUACAACACUGACCAGUACAGAGUACAUAAACGGAAAUUACCAUACCCCAGACACCAUAUCCCAAUCACCAUACCCCAAACACCAUAACCCAAAUCACCAUACCCCAGACACCAUAACCCAAAUCACCAUACCCCAGACACCAUACCCCAAACACCAUAUCCCAAUUACCAUACCCCAGACACCAUAUCCCAAUCACCAUACCCCAUAUCACCAUAGCCCGAACACCAUACCCCAGACACCAUAACCCAAAUCACCAUACCCCAGACACCAUACCCCAAACACCAUAUCCCAAUUACCAUACCCCAGACACCAUAACCCAAAUCACAAUACCCCAAACACCAUAUCCCAAACACCAUAUCCCAAUUACCAUACCCCAGACACCAUACCCCAAACACCAUAUCCCAAUUACCAUACCCCAGACACCAUAUCCCAAUCACCAUACCCCAUAUCACCAUAGCCCGAACACCAUACCCCAGACACCAUAACCCAAAUCACCAUACCCCAGACACCAUACCCCAAACACCAUAUCCCAAUUACCAUACCCCAGACACCAUAACCCAAAUCACAAUACCCCAAACACCAUAUCCCAAUUACCAUACCCCAGACACCAUACCCCAAACACCAUAUCCCAAUUACCAUACCCCAGACACCAUACCCCAAACACCAUGCCCCAGACACCAUACCCCAAACACCAUAACCCAAACACCAUACCCCAAAAUGCCAACAUAAAUACCCCUCAUUCCUUUUCCAAAUGGCAAAAUAUUUUGUAUUAUAAUGCAUAUUUUAAAACAUUGGAAUUUUGUAUUUGUGAAGAUUAAAAUAAGAUUUUUAUAAAAUGCUUGAAUUUGAAUCUUUUGUUUAUAAAACCUUUUUUGUUUGGUUUCCACAAUAUAAAUAGGUGUGAUAUGAUUAUUUGGUACAUCGCCCAUAAAAGGACAAUUAGCUGGUUUACACCUUUACAGACCAGAGCUCACUUUACAGAUGAUCAGAUGGUUUACACCUUUACAGACCAGAGCUCACGUUACAGAUGACCAGCUGGUUUACACCUUUACAGACCAGAGCUCACUUUACAGAUGAUCAGAUGGUUUACACCUUUACAGACCAGAGCUCACGUUACAGAUGAUCAGCUGGUUUACACCUUUACAGACCAGAGCUCACUUUACAGAUGAUCAGCUGGUUUACACCUUUACAGACCAGAGCUCACUUUACAGAUGAUCAGAUGGUUCACACCUUUACAGACCAGAGCUCACUUUACAGACGAUCAGCUGGUUUACACCUUUACAGACCAGAGCUCACUUUACAGCCCAACACACUGUACUUCUUUUCACCCAAGAGAAAACCAACAUUGUAUUAAGAACAUUUUUCUCCUGUUUUUAAUUUUUUUAUUAUUUUUUUAAUUCAGCCGAGUUCCCAAACUGCUUUUUUAUUUUAACACUCAGGACACAACCAUGCACAAUUCAGAAUUCAAAAAGUCUAUUGCUUCAACCACAAUUUAAAAUAGCUUAUUCCAAAAAAACAAACAAACAAAAAACCCCCCAAAAACCAUCAAAAAACAAACAAACAAAAAAGAACACUCCCCCUCUCUCUCAUUUUGUCUCUCAUUCACUUUUUUCUAGCCUGGUAAGUUUUGAAAGAGCGAAGGGGAGGACUUGCAGAGACACACCGAGUCCAUCUCAGCAGUUUACAAACGUCAGAAUAAUAAGUUAAAAAGAAACAGUUUCAUUUUUUUAUAUAAGCGUUUAAAGUCUUUGUUCCAUUCUUGUAUUACACAUCGAAAGUCACAGCACGUGUACAGGGUUGGACAUUCAGAAGAAAAAGGGGGGGGGUCGGCGAAACGUACAGGGCGUGGGAGUGGAGCAAGGCGUUGCUUAGGUUAUCAACGUCCAGUUACGUUUGCUUUUUAUUUUGUGCUCGUAGUUCACAGAGGGCCAGGGCCCAGAUCGCGCAUACAAAAGCUCUUGUGUCAAAACAUCCAAGGGUCACAGCUCUCUCAUUUUGAAUGUUUGUUUGUUUGUUUGUGUGUGUGUGUGUGUGUGUGUGUGUGUGUGUGUGUGUGUGUGUGUGUGUGUGUGUGUGUGUGUGUGUGUGUGUGUGGCCCCUGAGUUCUCUCCUUGACUGUGGCAUACGCUCCAAUAGAUGAUUGGAUGGUUCUUUGAAGGUUCUUAGGCUGUCUGGCUGAGCCGUAGUACCAAGUACAACCACGAGGUGGCACUGUCCAUACAGAGCAUACACGGCCGUCGUCUCUGUUCAUGCCGUCAUUUUAUGGAUGUUUCUCCUUGAGCCCAGGGUGCAAAACAUUUACAAAUACAUAUCAAAGAGUAGCCUGAAUAUUGUCAUAUUUUCAUAUUCGUACAAAAACAGAAAGAUAGAGUUUAAAUAGUUCUACGUAUACACAUACCAACAGGUCACUGUAGAUUCAGACUAUACUGUUCUGUCAUGUCAGCAAGGUUCCUACAGUAACCAGUCCAGGUUUUCCUUGCUUCAACAUACCAUCUACAUUGGAGCAGUGAGGACUAGCUAAUCUAAUAUCUAUGGUCGAAUUAUGAACUACUCAGGCAUUGCUGUUCAUGCGGAGCGUCUAUGGUGACUGGGGCGUCUGUGGUGACUGAAGAUUUAAGUGGUUUCCUGAAGUUUCACAGUGUUUUUUUUGUUUUGUUUUUUUGUUUUUUUUUGGAGUGACUGGCAUACAGAGUAGACUGAGGUAACUUCCUAUCCUACACCAAGUACAAACACA